ACAUAUAAAGAAAGGACAAGCGUGACAUCCACUCUGAUAAAAUCUCUUUCUUUUUCUCUUCCUUUAUCUUUCUUUCUUUUUUCUUUCUGUUUUUGAGAAACGAGUCUCUGAGUAGUACUCCUCCUAUAGCUUUUCUCUCUUCUUCACUCUUCUUCCCUUCACACCUCCCACAACACACAAUCAGACAAAAAAGAGAAAAAAAUAGAGAUACAAGAACAUGAAAAUGAGUAUGGUGAAAAAGUUCUGUUUUGUAUAAUGAGAAAAAGAGAUUUAUAUACAUCUCUUCUUCUACUCCCUUCUUACUAGAAGAUGGCAAUAGAAAACAAUGAGCAACAAGAACUAUCUCAAUCUUUCCUUUUAGAUGCUCUAUACUGUGAAGAAGAAGAAGAAAAAUGGGGAGAUUUAUUAGAUGAUGAGACUAUUAUUACACCACUCUCUUCAGAACUAACAACAACAACAAAGCCUAAUUCUUUAUUGCCUUUGCUUUUGUUGGAACAAGAUUUGUUUUGGGAAGAUGAAGAGCUUCUUUCACUUUUCUCUAAAGAAAAAGAAACCCAUUGUUGGUUUAACAGUUUUCAAGAUGACCCUUUACUCUGUUCAGCUCGUGUAGAUGCUGUGGAAUGGAUUUUAAAAGUGAAUGGUUAUUAUGGUUUCUCUGCUUUGACUGCCAUUUUAGCAAUCAAUUACUUUGACAGGUUUUUGACUAGUCUUCAUUAUCAGAAAGAUAAGCCUUGGAUGAUUCAACUUGCUGCUGUUACUUGUCUUUCUUUAGCUGCUAAAGUUGAAGAAACUCAAGUUCCUCUUCUUUUAGACUUUCAAGUGGAGGAUGCUAAAUAUGUGUUUGAGGCAAAAACUAUUCAAAGAAUGGAGCUUUUGGUGUUGUCUUCACUAAAAUGGAGGAUGAAUCCAGUGACCCCACUUUCAUUUCUUGAUCAUAUUAUAAGGAGGCUUGGGCUAAAGAAUAAUGUUCACUGGGAAUUUCUUAGAAGAUGUGAAAGUCUCCUUCUCUCUAUUAUGGCUGAUUGUAGAUUCGUACGUUAUAUGCCGUCUGUAUUAGCCACUGCAAUUAUGCUCCACGUUAUUCAUCAAGUUGAGCCUUGUAAUUCUGUUGAAUACCAAAAUCAACUUCUUGGGGUUCUCAAAAUUAGCAAGGAGAAAGUGAAUAAUUGCUUUGAACUCAUCUCAGAAGUUUGUUCUAAGCCCAUUUCACACAAACGCAAAUAUGAGAAUCCAAGUAGUAGCCCAAGUGGUGUAAUUGAUCCAAUUUACAGCUCAGAAAGUUCAAAUGAUUCGUGGGAUUUGGAGUCAACAUCUUCAUAUUUUCCUGUUUUCAAGAAAAGCAGAGUACAAGAACAGCAAAUGAAAUUGGCAUCUUCAAUUAGCAGAGUUUUUGUGGAAGCUGUUGGCAGUCCUCAUUAAAAUCAAUCACCUAAUUUAUCUUCUCUUUCUUAUUACCAACUAUGGUGGUAAUAAUAUUUAUUCUAUUCAGAAGUAUUUACCUUUAAUGUCCUUUUCAAAAAUUACAUGAUAAUGGAAAAAAAAGAGAAAAAGAGCUUAGCUGGUGGUUGCAGUUGGCAGAGAAGAGGACUGGCUUUUUUGCAGCAGUGUAGUCUACUACUGGAAAGCAAAGAGAGAGGAGAAAAGACAGAAAAUCUGCACUAUUUGUUUUUUCUCUAUUCAUAUCAAUCCUCUCUUAGGUCCUUUUCAUGCAUGCAUACUUUUGAUGGACAUAUUUUAUAUAUUUACUAUAAUCAUAAAUUCUUGAAUAUUUUGUUAAUUUUCUGUA